AUGAUCAGCACUGAUCUAACUAACAUUGAGGGUACACAAAAAAGGACCUCUUUUAAACUAGAGUUGAACUGUCCAACGGGUUGUCAAUACUUGAGAAUGUCUCUGAGCUGUUAAAACUAUCUUACUAAGACUACUGUCUUAUAAUUCUCGCUAGAUCAUCUUUAAAUGACUUCUUAGAUGAUCAUCAAUCAAGGAACAAGUACCGAGUUACUUUUGAAGUAUAAAAUCUCAAUCUACCUUCUUUGGGUAGAACCAUCUACGGACCAUACAGAUUAUGAUGGAAAACUGUGGUAACCUUGCGAUGUCGAUGUCUACAACGGUUGUCAAAUUCGUCAGACUUUUUGUUUGAUUGCUUUUUAACAUCUCCAUGCAAAUAACAGGAAAGCGCCAUUAUUAUUCUAUUAAACUAUCUAUCGUUCUCAAAUGAUUCAACGCUACGGUCAAGUAUUGAAAAGCCCGGCUGCAUCAGUUAAGUUCAGAGCUCUAGAAAUAGAGGACCACCUCGUAUGA